CCAGGGAGCGGUGCAGUAACGUGUGCAGACGCUCUGCUUCCCCUCCCACCUCCACUUACUGCAUUGAAGGGGGGAAAAAAAUUGGGCUCGAGGUUGUGAGCUCAGAGCCAGGGUAACUCAACUAGUCUGCCAGCAGGACUGCUAAGGAGAGAAGGACCCCCUGGCCCAGUUCUCACUGUCCGAAACACUGUUGGAGAUACGUUAGGGUCCCACUUUUCUACGUGCCUUUUUGAAUGCCUCUGCCAUAAAGAUGUCUCACCACAUGAUGAACAGCUCUACAUUGCCAACCACACACCCUGAGCAUCACCACUCUACAGCAUCUCCAGGAGGUGGUCAUGGAUCUGGGAUGAUGAUGAUGGCAAUGACUUUCCACUUCAGCUAUGAGAAUGUGCCGUUGCUGUUUUCUGGCCUUACAAUCAAUACACCUGGAGAAAUGGCUGGUGCUUUUGUGGCUGUCUUCUUCCUAGCCAUGUUUUAUGAAGGCCUUAAGAUUGCCCGGGAGUGUCUGCUCCGCAAAUCCCAAGUCAGCAUUCGCUACAACUCCAUGCCAGUGCCAGGUCCCAAUGGCACCAUCCUGAUGGAGACGCACAAAACUGUUGGACAGCAGAUGCUGAGCUUCCCUCACCUCCUGCAGACUAUACUGCACAUCAUUCAAGUCGUGGUCAGUUACUUCCUUAUGCUGAUCUUCAUGACAUACAACGGAUACCUCUGCAUAGCUGUGGCAGCAGGGGCAGGGAUGGGUUAUUUCUUCUUCAGUUGGAAAAAGGCAGUUGUUGUGGAUAUCACCGAGCACUGCCAUUAACAACGGACACUGCCCAGAAGCCCCUCCAUCCCAUUACUCUCUUAAAAUGCAGCCAUCAUGAAGACUGGAUCAUCCUAAGUUGAAAGAAAAGACAUAACAAACAUAUACUGGAGUUCACCACAAUUUCCUAGGUGGGGUGCAGGGAUGUGAGAUGCUGGGAUAUGCAAGACUCCCAUGCUGCACGUUGGCAGCUCAUGAAUCCCAUGAUAGCUGUUCUCGGCUAGGAUUUGCUUUAGUCUCAGAUUGUGCCAUGAUGGAAAUGUAGAGUUUAUUCUUUUUUUUUUUUUUUUAAAUGAAACAUUUUAUUCCUAAAUUGUAAACGUUUGUCUGUGAGGAUUUUACGAACAGUAGGUAAAGAUGGGAGUCACCAAUGGAGCCAGUGUGUGCAAAUGGCUGUUUUGUUUUAAUAUGUACACAGUGCCUGGGCAAGUCUCUCUGGCAUUGUGUCUUCUGGGGCCAACGACACCUUCUAACACGGAGUUUUGCAGAGGAAGACACGGUGCUGCUUCUCAGACACACUCAGGUCUGUCCCAGCAAGUGAGAACUUGGACAGAAGUAUGUGAGCCCUGUGCUUUGGGGGGUCACGAUGAGUCUGUCCUCCAAGCCCACCUGAGUAUGAUGAAUGUUGCUAGACUUCAGAUGCAUCCAGCAGUUUUACUCAGCUUCAAGUGGUAACAUUUCAAUUUGGCUGCUUUCACUUCCCAAUCAUUGCAAUGUACGGAGCAGAUACAGAACAAAAAUGACAUUUGCAGAGCAAAAAGAUUUUAAACUGGCCAGUGAACCUGUAUUGACUUCAGGUUGGGUUGUACCUGAAUGGGUCUAGAGCUGGACUUCUGGCUUACUAACACUCAUUCUUUAAAUGAGGCAAGAGACAAACAAUUUCAUUACACUGAAGGCUAAAAUGUCACAAUAGGGCGUUCCUUGAGUGAAAUGAAGGAAAUUAAAACCUGUGUUCCUGCAGAGUGAAAUGUGGGAAGGAGAAGAGCAGUAGGGCUACAGCAGCCCUCUGUUAAUUCAGUUAAUUUGGAGUUGCUUGGGCUGAUUAAUAUAUAUAUAUAUAUAUAUAAAAGAAGUAAAAGUAAUCAUGCUGUGACUAUUAGCUUGGACUGAACAAAAAAGGAGAAGAAUUCAAAGCGAGCUCACUUUUAUAGUUUCUUUCUGUAGCAAAUUUGUAUCCAAGUGAGAGAAACAAAGCAGUUGUCACAGGAAAGUUGUGGACACCUGAUGAGAAAUAGGAGCAGCUCUUCCCCAGUCAGGUCUCUGGAGAGAGUUCUGUAUGUAGCAGACUGCAAAGGGAUGGAGAUAGACCAUAGGAUGCUCUUUUUUUCUGCAUCUGUCUCAAGGUAAAAACCUUCUGAGCCCUGUAAGCAAUCAUAUUUCUCUGUGAGAGUGGAAAACAGACUCUUCCAAUCUGUGUGUGAGCUGUGAGGACCUUAGUGCUUGUCAGUGAAAUCCAGCAGCGACGUGUUGGAGCUGGCUGCGUUCUGAAACAGGGAGAGAGCUCUCAGUACAGACCUCAGCCCUGAGCUGAGUUCAGCACCAACCUGUGUGGUUUCCCUUGAACAAGCUGCAGCUGUUGCAGGGAUGUGUGACUGCGCUGUGUUGACAGUAGUUCAUUCAUAUACCUCUGACUAUCUCUAAAAUAAAACUUCUGCUUGACUUGAUCUUCUUGCUAUCAGUGAAGCUUUUUAGCCACCUUUCCUUUUGCAUUCAAGUGCCCAGACUUGAAUUCUGACUGUUCCAAUCAGAGAAGGAUAAGUUGGAACUAUGCAGUAGCUGCGGCUUUUAUAACAUAAGUUCAGUCCUGCUUGCUUUUCUGCAUCACUGUAUGUGCAUCCUCCCUUGAAAUCAUCUCUUUUGAGGGUUAGUAACUGUUGACAGUCCUGAGGAGCCUCCCUGUGCCCCAGCCUCCCUCCUGCCCACCUGAUGCUGUUUGCUUCCCCAGUCUGAGCAAAACCUGCCCACUGUGAUACCGACUUGCACUUAGUGCGUUGGAUGUUGGAUGCCAUCCUGGCCUUUAUGCUGGCUGUAUUUCAAGCUGUCCCAGUGUUAACACUAAACUUGUGUUGAGUGGUGCUUAGAGGGAGGUGAGGACUCUAAUAUUAGAUUAUUAGACUUGAGUAAAUGAAGUUCACGUGUCAGCAUAUGUAGCAUGCUUAGAAUGUGAUCGCUGUGUCUGUGAGUGCACCCUGAUACUUUGUCUUUACAUGUCUGUAGGAAGCACAGUGUAUCCAGGCUGUGUUCAUCCCUGAGCUUCUGUUAUUUCCCCCAGUGCCUUCUCAGUUGGUCUGCAGCCCCAGCAGACCCAAAAGGACGGAUAGUUUUGUUUACAGCAGACUGUCACUUUUGAUUUUCCUCUUGCUCUUUGUGAAGGUAACUUAUCUAGUAACGUAUCAAAGAUCUCCUGUAUAUAAUUAACUAAUAAAGCAGAUGCAUUUUA